GAAAUAAAUAGAAACUACACAGAACACAUGGCGAACAUUUUCACAAAGCUUUUUGAAGCACAAAAUUAAAUGUCGUGUUUCCAGAAGAAGGAUACCGAGCUGGUUACUUGAUAUUUAUGUUAAUAAAAAGCGCCAGGCGAAGCUCCUACGUCAUAUUUACGCGACCGUGUUGUUGUUAAGGUAGAGGAACCUCACAAUUCAUAUUUGUUGCUAUCAUGGUGGUGUUUCCAAGUUCACUGACGGAGGAGGAAGAAGCUUUGCAAAAGAAAUAUGCUAAACUAAAGAAAAAGAAAAAGGCUUUGCUUGCUUUGAAGAAGCAGAGUUCAACCAACCAGACAAACCAGAGUGGUUUGAAACGAACUUUGUCAGACCAGCCUGUUGUUGACACAGCAACAGCAACAGAGCAAGCUAAGAUGCUGAUCAAGUCAGGAGCCAUCAGUGCCAUCAAAUCAGAGAACAAGAACUCUGGCUUCAAACGCUCUCGAAUGCUGGAAAUCAAACUCAAGGACCCUGAGAAAGGCCCAGUUCCUGCUUUCUUACCGUUUCAAAGAAGUAUAUCUACAGAUGAAGAACAACCUGAGUCUGGGAAGAGAACCCACCGGAAAUCUCUGUAUGAGAGCUUUGUCAGCUCAAGCGACCGAUACAGGGAUGAAGAUGAUGGAGGCAGUGGUGGUGGUGCUGGUGGUGGUGCUGGUGUUGGUGCUGGUGCUGGUGUUGGUGCUGGUGCUGGUGUUGGUGCUGGUGCUGGUGCUGGUGUUGGUGCUGGUGUUGGUGUUGGUGCUGGUGCUGGUGCUGGUGCUGGUGCUGGUGCUGGUGCUGGUGCUGGUGCUGGUGGUGGUGGUGGUGGUGGUGAUCGUGGUGGUGGUGGCGAUCGCGGUGGUGGUGAUCGCGGUGGUGGUGGCAUGCCAUCCAGCCGGGAAAUGGACCGAGAAAGAGACAGAGAGCGAGAGCGGGAGCCUGAAAGAGAUCGGGACAGAGAAAGAGAGAGAGAAAGGGAGAGAGACCGGGACAGGGAAAGGGACAGAGGCAGGGACCGGGACCGGGAACGGGAUCGAGAGAGAGACAGAGACCGUAGCAGAGAGAGGGAUCGAGACCGGGAACGGGACCGGGACCGGGAGAGAGACAGAGAUGGACCCUUCAGACGGUCUGAUUCGUACCCGGAGCGAAGAGGCGUGAGGAAGGGGAACACGGUGUAUGUUUACGGCUCUGGGCUUGCUGAGGAAAACCUGCGCUCUGCUUUCUCUCAACACGGAAACAUCAUUGACCUCUCUAUGGACAACCCACGCAACUGUGCAUUCAUCACCUUUGAGAAGAUGGAGUCUGCAGACCAGGCUGUAGCUGAGUUGAAUGGCAGCACGGUGGGAGACAUUCACAUCAAAGUCAGCAUCGCCAGGAAGCAGCCCAUGCUGGACGCAGCCACUGGCAAAUCUGUGUGGGCCUCACUGGCUGUGCAGAAUAGCACGAAGGGCUCCUACAGAGACAAGAGGAACCAGGUUGUGUACAGCGAAGAUUUCCUCUGAUGAGAAAAUAGUUGGUUUUUUUGGCAUAAAGCUUUUCAUGUUUCUUUUUUUUUUUGUUAGCUGCUUGCUUAAAGUGAGUAUUGCAGGCUGAAUGAAUAACUGUCCUUUGUCUCUGAGACCAAAUGGCUGAAAUGUGUGUGGUCAUUAUUUUCGGCUCAAUAAAUUCAUGUUCCUUUUUUUC